GUUGUAGAAGAAGAAGAAGAAGAAGAAGAAGAAGAAGAAGAGAACCUCAUAGUGUGUGGUUUAUAUGAACAUAAAUAUUAAAUACAUUUAGGGUUAAAACGUGCAGCGGUUGUUUCCAGUAUGAGUCUAGAGGCAUGGUUCAUGGACAGCUCUGCGGAGGACCAGAGGAAGCCGCACAGACUGAACCCGAACCAGCCCGUUUCUCUGGAAGAGUUACAACAGCUCGGGGUGUUUUACUGGAAACUGAAUGCUGAUAUCUAUGAAACUGACCCGGAGCUGGAGCGGAUCCGCAAAGACCAGGGCUACUCCUUCAUGGACAUUAUCUCAAUUCACAAGGACACACUACCUAACUAUGAGGAAAAGCUGAAGAUGUUCUUUGAGGAGCACCUGCACUUAGAUGAUGAGAUCCGCUACAUCCUGGAUGGCAAAGCCUACUUUGAUGUCAGGGACAAGGAGGAUCGAUGGAUCCGAAUUGCAAUGAACAAGGGGGACCUGAUCACCCUGCCAGCGGGCAUAUACCACCGCUUCACCCUGGAUGAGACUAACUACACUAAAGCCAUGAGGCUGUUUGUUGGGGAGCCGGUGUGGAAAGCUUACAACCGGCCCGCUGACGACUUCGACAUCCGCCAGAAGUACGUGUCUUCUCUGCAGGGAUCCUGAGAGAGUGGUGUGAUUCCACAGGACAACUGCUUGCACUCGAAUCAGGGCCUCUAAUAUGAUUCUGUUGGAUCAAUACAGUAGAUUUACAGUCAGAAUGUUGAGAAUCAUAGUGUGGAUCAUCCACUAGAUAACCUGUAGCAGAGCAGUCAUGUUAUGCACCAAGAUGCAUCAAGUAAACGAUGCAGCCUACAUGUGGACAAUCUCAGAGGUGUAAUUUCAGUAAGUACAUCUACUCCCAAGUCUUUUACAAGAAGUAUUUUACACUAGAUUUAGAUUCUAAAGACAAAAUGUACGAUUAAUUAAUAAAAUCUUGUACACUGCCUUAAACUACCCAGUAAAGAACUUAUCAGCAUCAUGUCACCCAGCUACAGUGGAUAGUGGAAGUCCACACACCCCUGUUAAAAUGCCAGGUUUUUUAGAUGUAUAAAAACAUAAUUUAAAAAAAUUCAGGCCAAGAUAAAUCACUUCAGAACGUUCGGGAAAUCUUCAAAAAGUUUACUGCAUAAAUAUGCACAUCUGUUCCUGCAGACGACAACUUAGCCAGUGGUUAAAGCUACACACGUCCCACUGAGAUAGUCACUUGUAGUGUUGUAGAGAAAAACCUAACAACAUUUAUUCCUCAUGUGUCACAAGCAGGUAAAACCACAGAAUCCUCUUGCCUGAUAUUCUAAACUAAAACAGGACAGGACACGUAUGAAAACUGUGUGACACCUCAGGUAGUCUCAGCUCCACUCAAAAAAAAUGUUAGAAGCAAAAUGCAUAAAAAAGUGUGCCCUUAAAGUGGCAGUAUGCAAUUUUUACACAAACAAAAAUAGCCUGUUACAGACAUUGAAAAAAAAAUCAACGUUCUUAAAGUUAAAUG